AUGGCAUACGUCGCCACCCUAUCCCCUCAUCACGCCUGCAGACAGAGUGCUCAUCUCCGUGCCGCUGUCUCUCCUUCUCUCCGCGCCCACCGCCCUGAAAGACCCCCUCUAUGGCGCCUUUCUGCGCCGCCUGCACUCCCAGGGCCUGCUGGAGCACCGCAUGCUCACCCUUACUCCCAUUCCCCCAUUUCUCCCAUCUUCCCUUCCCCGAUCCCCUUACGCAUUCUCCCCUACAUCAUCCCCGCACCUGGAGAUGCAGUUCUUAUCUCCGUGCCGCUGUCUCUCCUUCUCUCCGCGCCCACCGCCCUGAAAGACCCCCUCUAUGGCGCCUUUCUGCGCCGCCUGCACUCCCAGGGCCUGCUGGACCACCGCAUACUCACCCUUACUCCCAUUCCCCCAUUUCUCCCAUCUUCCCUUCCCCGAUCCCCUUACGCAUUCUCCCCUACAUCAUCCCCACACCUGCAGAUGCAGUUCUCAUCUCCGUGCCGCUCUCUCUCCUCCUCUCCGCACCCACGGCCCUGCAAGACCCCCUCUACGGCACCUCUCUGCGCCGCCUGCACUCCCAGGGCCUGCUGGACCACCGCAUGCUCACCCUCACUCCCAUCCCCUAUAUUUCCCCAUUUUUCCCAACCCCCCUACGUCACCACCCCCUACUCUUCCCCCUCGCUCAGACACAGUGCUCAUCUCCGUGCCGCUCUCUCUCCUCCUCUCCGCGCCCACUGCCCUGCAAGACCCCAUCUAUGGCGCCUCUUUGCGCCGCCUGCACUCCCAGGGCCUGCUGGACCACCGCAUGCUUGUGCUGCUCCUGCUGCUGCUACAUCGAUGCCACCAGAAAGAACACUCCUUCUGGGCUCCGGAGGGGAAAUAGCUCCCUUCGGGAUAUUUGACCUGUUUGAGUCACCCAUCAACCCGCACUUGCCCUUUCCUCUGCCCCACGGCCCGUCCCACACACCUGCCUGCAGCUACCUCUCCUGCCUGCCACAGUGCUUUGACUCGCCUCUGUGGUUCGACCAGGCCACGUUGGAGGAGCUGCGAGGCACUCCUCUGUACAACGCUGCAUGUGCGCAGAGGGCCAACUUGAGGCGUGUGUACGAGGAGCAGGUGGAGCCAAUCUUUGCUGCUGUGGUGGGCCAAUCUUUUCUCCUUCGGUCUUCUCUCCCUUCAUUUUCUGCCCUGUCCGUCAGCCCUUCUGCCCUGUGCUCGGUGGGAGUGGUGCCUCCUGUAAGGGGCAACGAGGUUACCAUCAGCUAUGGGGAGAAGGGCAACGAGGUUAUAGUGCCUCCUGUGCAAGGCAACGAGGUUACCAUCAGCUAUGGGGAGAAGGGCAACGAGGAGCUUCUGUUUCUUUAUGGCUUCGCCAUUCCCAACAACCCCCACGAGCGCCUCAUGUCGCCCGACACGAACUACCUCUUUAUGGGGGACUACGUAGACCGAGGCUACUACUCCGUUGAAACCGUGUCGGUGCGUCGCUGUGGUGGCACGGGGUGCGGGGGAGGAGGGAUGGUGGGGUCAUGA